GCCAGAUAAAGGCUCUUUGGUAAAUAGUAACCUAAAGUUGGUCUAAUUUUAGAGAGUUGCUCAGCUCAAUAACUUCAUAAGACAAGCUUUCGGGCUCAUCUUCGAAUCCCACAAGCAAGGGAAAGAGAAGAAGCUUCAAACAACAGCAAGACAAAGCAAGAAAACGAGAGUGAAAUCAACCCACCAAAGAUGGGCCGAGGAAAGAUAGAAAUCCGCAGGAUCGAGAACAAGACCACGAGGCAAGUGACAUUUGCGAAACGCCGCGUGGGGCUGUUGAAGAAGACCCACGAGUUGGCCGUCCUCUGUGAUGCGCAGAUCGGGCUCAUCAUCUUCUCCAGCUCUGGAAAGAUCUUUGAUUACUGCAGUCAGUCCUCUAGCAUGCAAGAAAUCAUAAGGAAGUACCACAGCCAUAAGGGGAAUCAAACUGUGGAGCAUAAUGAACAGGAACAGCUUCAGAAUGAGCUAAGGAGGAUACGGAGGGAAACGUGUAACCUUCAACUGAGUGUGCAGCAGUACACCGCCAAUGAUUUGAACAACAUGCGACUCGAGGAUUUUGAUCAGAUGGAGCAGCAACUUGAGUGUUCCAUCAACAAGGUCCGCGCAAGGAAGUUUGAGCUGAUGCAACAGCAAAUGGACAAUCUGCGGAGAAAGGAGAAAAUGCUGCAGGAUGAAAACAAUCAGAUAUAUCAUCUGAUUAAGCAGCAACACAUGGCAAUGGGGCAUCAACAGGCAGGAGUGUCGAAGCCAGAGGAAGCUCAGCAUGUGCUGGAGCAAUUCCCUUUCUACGGAGAAGAACAGCCGAGCAGCAUCCUUCAGCUCGCCACCCUCCCUACGCCGUUUCAGCCAUAUCGCCUCCAACCAACCCAGCCUAACCUGCAGGACUUUCUCCAGCCCUCGAACUAUGGCGAGUAGGAAGAUGGAAGAAGAGAGCAGCGUUUGGGGACGCCAAGCUUUGAGGAAGGAUUCUAGACGUUGCUGGAUGCUAGCUUUUGAUUGUGUUUUUCCUCUCAGAGACCCAAAAACAAGCGACUUACUUAUGAUUAGUUUGUGUUUAUGUAUUGGUUGGUUUCCUGCAAUUGUUUGACCACAGUA